CUCAACACCCCCUUAUAAACCCUACCACUUCUGUCCCAAAACACCUGCCUGCCCACUUAUUGAUCCCUUUCACUAUUUUCCAGUGUCCCCGUGUGCUCAAUUUUAUAUAUGGCGACCUCAGGGACAAGCUCUCCCUGUGGUGCAUGCAAGUUUUUGAGGAGAAAGUGUGCUAGUGAUUGUAUUUUUGCUCCUUAUUUCACUUCUGAACAAGGGCCUGCUAGGUUUGCGGCUAUUCAUAAGGUGUUUGGUGCUAGCAAUGUCUCGAAAAUGCUGGUUAAUAUUCCGGUGGCGGAUCGGUGUGAGGCGGUGGUUACGAUUGCGUAUGAGGCGCAGGCGAGGAUUAGGGAUCCGGUGUAUGGGUGUGUUUCUCAUAUUUAUGCCUUGCAACAACAGGUGGCAAGUUUACAAUCACAAGUGAACCAAGUAAAAUCCCUAAUGGCACAAGGCCUAAUGGAUUCAAGAAACGAAGAAAAUCCAUGGCAACCAGGAAAUCCCUUAACCGCAACGACAAAUCAUUAUCCGGGAUACAAUUUCAUGAACAAUAAUUAUGUUUCACCGCAGAGCUCACCAGACUCGAUAAAUCACUACCAAGACAACAAAGAAGGGGUGAUGAGCUUGGAUGACAUUCAAAACCGAUACAAUCGAUUAGUAUCAUUGCAAGGUCAAGGUGAGUCGUGUGGCUAUGGGAGGAAGAGAGCUUCUGGGAAUAUUGAUCAGUUGGGUGAGCUUCAAGAACUGGCUAGUAGAAUGAUGAAUAAGUAAUUUUAUCAUCUUUGAUAACAGAUGUAAUGAUAUAUGUUCAAGUAGUUUUAACUUGAGGUUGCUUAAAA